AUGUCCUUUUUGGAGGAGAAACCAGGCGUGAAAAUGGACUCUGAAGACUGUGAAAGAGAUGAACUUCAGUGCCACUCAGAAGAGCCGGCCGGAGGUGCCCUGGAGCCAGGCCCCAGCCUCACCUCCGUGAGUUCUGCCCACUCAGGUCCAAGAGUGAAGGCCAAAGGCCUGGAGAAAUUCACCAUCCAUGACGGGGAUCACAAAGUAUUGGUCCCGGACUCUGGGACCCUCAGAGCUGUUCCGUAUAAAACCUAUAUACUCCCAGAGACCUUCUUUAUAUCAGCCUCCCACGUGAGGUCAACUUGUGACGAGAGAGGAAGCCUGAUUCUCUUGGCCGUCUCUAAAGGCGAGCUGUGUCUCUUCUGUGAUGUGAACAAAAGACAAAGCCAGCCAUCCUGCAGCUGAAGGUGAGCUUCAAAGCAGAAACUUUCCAACAUGCCCACCCAGAAGGAACCAUCAUGUCUGCCCUUCAUCUUUUAUAGGGCUAAGGUGGGCUCCUGGAACACCUUGGAGUCAGCUGCCCAACCCGGAUGGUUUGUCUGCACCUCUUGCAAUCCCGGGGAACCGGUUGGAAUGACAAAUACUUGCGGGAGAAGGAAACACACUGAGUUUUCAUUUUGGCAAUUCUGCAAAGCUGAAAUGAGCCCCAGUGAAGUCAGAGAAUAA